AUGACCAGCUUUUUCCCACCUUUACCAGUGGCACUUGGCUCAAGGUCAGUGAGACUCCAGGGUGGAAAGAAUGAGUUUGAAGGUACAGUGGAGGUUUAUUUGAAUGGAAUCUGGGGAACAAUCUGUGGGAGCCAUUGGGACAAUAAUGAUGCAACAGUUGUAUGUCGACAGCUUGCACUUGGUGAAAAAGGUACAGCAAAACACAUACCAUUUUCUGGACUGGGCCUUAUUCCUGUUUACUGGAGUGAAGUGCGUUGUCGUGGUGAUGAAGAAAAUAUACUGUUAUGUGAAAAAGACAUCUGGCAGGAUGGGACAUGUCCUCAAAAAAUGGCAGCUGCUGUCACAUGUAGCUCUUCCCUAGCCCCUGUCUUUACUCCAGUCCGGCUGGCUGGUGGGAACAACGCUUACGAAGGAAGAGUAGAAGUCUACCAUGCUGGCCAGUGGGGGACUGUCUGCGAUGACCAGUGGGAUGAUGCAGAUGCUGAAGUCGUCUGUCGGCAGCUGGGCCUUGGGGGUGUUGCCAAGGCAUGGAGCCAGGCUUACUUUGGAGAAGGCUCAGGCCCUGUGCUCCUGGAUGAAGUGCGGUGCACGGGAAAUGAACUGUCUAUAGAACAGUGUCCAAAAAGCUCCUGGCGAGAACACAACUGUGGUCACAAAGAAGACGCUGGUGUUUCCUGCACACCUGUCACAGAUGGUGCAUUAAGACUAACAAGUGGGAAAGGCAGUCAUGAGGGACGCCUGGAGGUCUAUUAUACUGGGCAGUGGGGCACAAUCUGCGAUGAUGGGUGGACAGAGCUGAAUACACAGGUGGUGUGCCGGCAGCUGGGAUUUAAGUAUGGAAAAAGCACACCUGAGAGCUACUCAGAAGGAAGCUCUGGGCCCAUCUGGUUGGAUGAUGUCAGCUGCUCAGGGAAGGAGACAAACCUUCUGCAAUGCUCAAGGAGAGAGUGGGGAAAGCAUGACUGCAACCAUCAGGAGGAUGUCAGGCUCAUUUGCCAUCCAGAUAACGACAGCCAUAAACUCUCACUUGGUCCUCCCAUCAGGCUGAUGGAUGGUGAGAAUAAGAAGGAAGGACGUGUAGAGAUUUUUAUCAAUGGCCAGUGGGGCACAAUUUGUGAUGAUGGAUGGUCUGAUAAAGAUGCAGCUGUAGUCUGUCGACAGCUUGGCUACAAAGGUCCAGCUAGAGCAAGGACAAUGGCGUAUUUUGGGGAGGGCAAAGGCCCGAUCCACGUGGAUAACGUGAAAUGUACAGGAAAUGAGAGAUCCUUGGCAGACUGCAUUAAGCAGGACAUUGGGAUGCACAACUGCCGUCACAGCGAGGACGCGGGGGUGAUCUGUGACCACCUAAGCAAGAAGGCCCCUGGGAACAGCAAUAAAGAUUCUCUUGCCUCUGUUUGUGGACUGAGGUUACUACAUCGUCGACAAAAGCGAAUAAUUGGUGGGAAAAAUUCUUUACGGGGUGGCUGGCCAUGGCAGGUUGCACUCCGACUGAAAUCUUCUCAUGGUGAUGGAAGACUCUUGUGUGGUGCUACUCUCAUCAGCAGCUGCUGGGUCCUCACUGCUGCACAUUGCUUUAAAAGGUAUGGCAACAACACUCGGAACUAUGCUGUGCGAGUUGGAGACUAUCACACCCUGGUACCAGAAGAGUACGAGGAAGAAAUUGGAGUCCAACAGAUUGUGAUGCAUAAAGAGUACAGGCCUGACAGCAGCGACUACGACAUCGCGUUGGUGAGGCUACAGGGGCCAGAGGAACAGUGUGCCAGGUUCAGUACCCACGUAUUACCUGCUUGUUUGCCAUUAAGGAGAGAGAGACCACAGAAAACUGCUCCCAACUGUUAUAUCACUGGAUGGGGUGACACAGGAAGGGCUUAUUCAAGAACAUUACAACAGGCUGCUAUCCCCUUACUUCCCAAGAAGGUAUGUGAAGAGCGCUACAAAAGGAGAUUCACAGGGAGAAUGCUUUGUGCUGGAAACGUCCAGGAACAGAAACGUGUUGAUAGCUGUCAAGGAGACAGUGGUGGACCACUGAUGUGUGAACGUCCAGGGGAAAGCUGGGUUGUGUAUGGUGUGACCUCCUGGGGCUAUGGCUGUGGAGUGAAAGAUUCUCCAGGUGUCUACACGAAAGUAUCAUCUUUUGUACCCUGGAUAAAAAAUGUGACCAAACUAUGA